UUAUCCGAGUUAAACAGAGUGCUUCUUCCAUUCAUAUCUUGGUUGUUAUUUUUCUUACUGAGGAGCCCAAGGACAGACAAAUGUGAAGACUCAAUAAUUUUUGUGACACAGACAGGACUGCUGUGAUACUGUGCACAGUUUCCUCUGCAUACAGGUUGCGGUGAAAGUCUACGCUGUCACAUGAACGUGUUCAUCUGCACAUACAGGACAGGCACGUCUCUGCUGCUAAAUGCUGCGGAGUCUGAACAAAAUCUACAGAGAAAAGUCGACCACGAUGAACCGAGGUAGGAUGUGACCUACUCACCCAAUCUUCAAAACACAAUGUCACAGGGCAGAGGAAGAAUUUUGGAAGGGAGUGGAAAGCAGAUGCACUUGUUUAUUCUCGCUUAUCUCCUCCUCCUUCUGGCUUUACCCUGCAUGGGCUUCCUCCCCAACUUCUGGUCUCGGGUGUUAACGCUGUCCUGGGACUCGCACACGCACCAGUACAUCACAGAGCGGGCCAUUCUCAACGUCACCAUGGAGACCGUGAGGGACACCAGAGAACACCAGGGGAACCAUGCAGAGGAACAGGUCAGACUGGGCCGUGGCUUCUGGAGAGCUGUGGGAGAGGUGGUGAAGUCCAACGCAGCCAUGGACUCCUUGAGCUCCACCAAGUCCGACCCAGUGUACCACUUUGAUUCGGAGCGUGUGGACAGCGCCAUGGGGAUGUUACGUCAGUUCUGGUCUCAGACUCUGCUCUCAGUACGGGCCAAAGAGUACCAAAGUGCUCGUCAAAGCUUGGGCCAGCUGUUUCACGCCUUGCAGGACUUCUACAGCCACAGUAACUGGGUUGAGAUGGGCCAGCGCUUCAUUUACCUCCACCUGCUGCAGCCGGAGGAGCCCGCCAUCCCUGUGGCUGAAGAAGACACUCCUACCUGUAUGGAGUGCUUCAGCACCACCUGUCGAGGCAACCUCCUGCCAGGGAUGACAAACACCCAGCGAGACACCCAGCUGCUCACCACGGGCUACUUCAGCACUUUCCCUCCAAAACCUCACGGCAAAUGUAGUCAUGGAGGUAUUCUGGACAGUAGCCGCUAUCUGGGGGCCAAAGGGGGCAUCAACAAGGACAGCACCUCACCUCUCUUCUCCCCUCACCAUUAUCUGCAUGUGGAAGCUGCCAAUUUGGCUACAGAGGCCACCCUGAGCGUACUGAGAGACCUCAGAGACACUGUGGGCCAUAAAACCUUCCUCAGGCUCUUCAGUGUGAAGCAGGUCCCUGCGUUGGUGUUUGUCAUGGACACCACAGGCAGCAUGUUUGAGGAGAUCACUGCUGCUCGCUACCGGGCCCACUCCAUCAUCCAGAGCCGAGCCAGCAGCGCCGGGCAGCUGGGCACCUUUGUGCUUGUGCCCUUCCAUGAUCCAAAGGUGGGACCAGUGUAUGAGACUGAUGACCCAAACCAGUUCAUGCAGCACAUGGAGGACCUGAUGGCGCUGGGAGGAGGAGACGAACCAGAGAUGUGUCUCUCUGCCGUUCAGCUGGCGCUCACUCACAGUCCACCACUGUCAGAGAUCUUUGUAUUCACUGAUGCCUCCCCUAAAGAUGCUCACUUGAUUGAUGUGGUAAAGGCCCUCGCACUGGAGAAACAGAGCAAGGUGACGUUUCUCCUCACUGAAGACCCCAAAUACACAUCAGAGAGCAGACGGAGGAGGAGGAGGAGGAGGAAGAGGGAACCUUUGUCCCCUGAUCGUUUCUCUCUCUACUCUUCCCUGUCGUCCCUGUCAGGAGGGCUGACGAUAUUCACCACCAACACUGACAUCCGCAGUGUCUCUGCCAUAGUGGAGGACAACACAGCCGCUGACAAGGUGACCCUCCUCCAUGUGGAAAGUGAUCAAGAGUUGAUGUCCUCCCAUUCCUUCAGAGUUGACAGCUCAGUAAAAAGUGUCACACUUCAUGUCACCGGCAUCCUUACAGAGUGUAUCCUUACCAGCCCAUCAGACCAAAUCCAGUCUCUGUUGAUUGAGAAAGGUCCUCUGGCAGAGUUGGAACUCUUCAAGGGUUUGUGCCGCAUCAGCCUGCUCUCUCCUAUACAGCCAGGCCAGUGGAAACUUCAAGCCAAGAGUGACGGACACCUCACAUUCAAUGUGAUAGGUGACAGCAGUGUAGAUUUCCUGUAUUAUUUUGCCACGGUAACCAACGAGACACACCCAGGUCUGGCCAGAGUGGAGGGUAGUCCAGUAGCAGGUGUUCCUGCCUAUCUGGUGCUGUCUGUGACGGGCCUGGCUCCAGAUGAGGAGGCAUCUUUCAGUCAUGUAACGCUGCUGGGAGCCGACGGGGAGAGCCUCCAGCAGGUGAAGCUGAACUCCUCCUCCUCUUCAUCAUCAUCAUCCUACUCUGUGGAGGAGCUGGUGGGGCGGUUGGACUCUGUUCCCAGAGUCCCCUUCUGUGUUCGACUAACAGGCCGAGACAGCAGAGGAAACAAGCUGGAGAGGGUUUCCGCAGAGAUGGUUCAGCCAACUCACGUUCAGAUACAGGUAUUGUCUGUCCCCCGCCUGGUACCGGGUCACAGUACAAUGGUGGACUUUGACAUCCUGAACCAUGGCCCUGCCCGGCUCUUCAGUCUGACUGCUGAUGACGACUGUGGAUAUCUUCACAAGAGAGGACCUCACAGUUUCUAUGUCGCAGAACGAGGGUCUUUCCGUGGUCAGGUGGACCUCCUCACUCCUGCCACAGCUCAAGCAGGAGCGACUGUCACCCUUACACUCACUGUGCGCGCUCUUGACUCUCUAGACUCAAAUUACGCAGUGGCCUACUUGACUGUGAUCCCUCCGGAUUCUGACACGUCCCCACCAUCCUGCUCCGCCGCACGAUUACAGUCCAACUGUUCUUCUAUUUGCAUCGAGUCCAGCUGGAGCGUAUCUCUGGUCGUGUCAGACCGGGGACGCUCCGGCCUCGCUGCCCUCCAGCUACAGAAGGGCGAAGGUAUUCUAACUUUAUUCCACAGCCCCCCACCCACGAAUGACAGCAUGGAAGAGGCCAGUGGAGGCCACCACCAUCACCACCACCAUCACCACAAGGCCAGACUAGAGAAAGGAGAGGCCCCUUUGAAUGUAUCUGACUGGGUACCAUCUCAGCCACUGUGGGUGAGUUACAUGUCCAGCUGCUGCUCUGCUCAGGCUGAGCUGCUGGUGUGGGACACAGCUGGAAACAUGAAGCGCUGCCAUCUGACAUCUGGCCAGCAGAGGCAGCUAAGAGACAGGAGUACAGAAACCAGCGGAGCUGGACAGAUUACACUCACAGGCGUCUUCCUCUUGUUGUUAGGUCUGCUGUCGUCUUCUCUGCUUUAACUCGAUGUGAUUAUAGAUGUUUUGCAGGACAAACUAUGAUCACUGGAUACCAGCAGCUCACACAAAGAGCUACACAAAAGAGAUACAAAAGAGGCAAAGACAGAUAAAACGGAAAAAACAAUGUAGUUUGAAAUAAGUGCACCUCAUAGACUGUAUAUAAGAAGUGGAUGUAGUCACCGUGACGUCACCCAUUGGUUUGUGGACUGCCGUUUCGAAGCCUCGAGUUCAGCAUUUUGGCCGACGCCAUGUUGGAUUUGUACAACCAGA